CUUUAUCAUCCUUGCUCUCCACUCUUUGAAAUUAAUCCCCCCCAUACCCACACCCCCACACACACUGCUUCACUUUCAAUGGUGCCGUCUUCCGCCGACCACGGCGGAGACCUUGGCUGCUCCCGGCAAGAAAUCAACGGCUUCGCCAAUGACCACGCGGAAAUGGCCACUCCUUGCACGGCAUCGUCGACGCUCGGCUAUAUCGUCGACGCGGUCCCGGCAAACGAGCGGGAGAAGCUCCGUAGAAUCCUAGUUGCGUCCGCAAAGGGUUUCUCGAUCGGCGCCGGCAUCAAGGGAGGCCUCGCUAUCUUCGCGAUCAUUGCGCGGUUGACGCGGAAAAAGCCGCCUAGGAAGGGGAUUGUGGUGACGAACAGCGAUGCAAUUGUCGCCGCUCUGAAGGAAACAUUGAGAUACGGUCUUUUCCUUGGAACCUUCGCCGGAACGUUCGUGUCCACCGACGAGGUUAUCGGUGCUCUGGCUGGUCACCGUAGGACUGCCAAGUGGAGGGCUCUGGUAGCAGGGGCGGUGGCCGGGUCUUCGAUGCUUCUGACAGGGUUAGAAGAUCAGCACACGAGUUUGGCGAUUUACAUUCUCAUGCGUGCUGCUGUCUUGGCGUCUCGUUGUGGGAUUAAGAGCAAACGGUUUGGAAAAAUUUGUAAGCCUCUCACGUGGAAGCACGGUGACAUUUUCCUCAUGUGUCUCUCCUCCUCACAGAUAUUGUCUGCUUAUAUAUUAAAGCAAGACAGUUUACCAGCUUCAUAUAAAUCCUUUCUCAAUAAGCAUGGUGGAAAGGAUCCAGUUAUCUUACAAGGUGUAAAAGAUAUAGCGAGUGGCAAGCCUUUCACUAAUUUGGGUGCAAUUGAGAAAUACUACAAGACCAUGGGUGUCAAUGUGAAAUUAAAACCAGAUAUGAAAGUCCCAUGCUCGAUUGUACAUGGGAAUCAAUCAUGCACUGGACAUAUCUUCACUUUUCUCCUUCAAGCUUACCAAAGAGCACUACCUGUUUAUCUUCCAGUUUAUCUGAUACCUGCACUUAUAGUUCAUAGAAAAGGACUUUUAGAAAGGCCUAGCACAAUAUUAACCAAGGGUCUUUUGGGCACAGCGAGAUCAAGCUUGUUUCUGUCUGUGUAUUGUGCUUCUGCUUGGAUGUGGACAUGCUUUCUUUUUAGGAUUUUCAAAAGAUGUAACAUUCCAAUGGUGGCCAUGGGAACGUUUCCAACUGGCAUUGCAUUGGCCAUUGAGAAGAAAAGCAGGCGAAUGGAAAUAUCAUUAUACUGCCUUGCCCGGGCGAUUGAGAGUUUCUUUACAUGUGUAGCUGAUGCAGGAUAUCUGCCACAAUCAAGAAGGAUCAAGAGGGCUGAUGUGGUGGUUUUCAGCUUGUCAACAGCCAUCAUAAUGCAUUGUUAUGCAGAGGAAAGGGAAGUGUUUAAAUCCAAAUACUUGAAUGUCCUUGAUUGGGUAUUUGGGGUACCUCCUCCUCCAUGUGAAACCCCGCGAUGCAAAGAUAGGUAGGUGAAAGUGCUAGCCCAACAGGGUUUUUUAUCUUGAAAAAUCGCCCUGACUUGAUUUUGCUUUCAAAAUUUCACUGGUGGCCUCCAACCUUAAUUGUGAUCCAGUAAAUCCACAUUCUAACGCAUCAUUCACAACACAUUGUUUAUUAUUGGGUAUAAUUCAUGUGUUCCUGAAUAAUAAAUUAAAUUCUUUAAAUUAGGGAAGACCCAUAUCAUUUAUCGGAACUCAUGUGAUUUUUACUCAAUAAUAAUGUAUUGAAAAGAGUGUGUUAGAAAGUAUUCUCUUCAUACCAAAAUAAGUGACGUGUUAAUUCAGUAAUUUUUUCUACCAGUCCCAAUUUAGGAUUUUAAUAAACAUUCAAUAUUUUAUUCUAUUUUCCCCUUAUAAAUUAUGAAUAUGGAAAUAGUCUUUAUCACAGAAUAAAUUAUAAAUUAUAAGGAUAAAUUAGGAAAUUUGUUCAACUUAUUUAUUUAUUAGUUUUCUUAAUAUUUGUAGAACACCUUAUACGUCACUUAUUUUGGAAAGAAGGGAGUAUAUUGAUUAUUUGUGUUUUGUUGGUGGGUUCAAGUGGAUCCUUGUCAUUCAGAAGGUACUUGUGGUAGGGAAUGUUUUAUUUUGGUUAUUGACAUGGUAUUGGCUGCUUAAAGUUUCUCACAUUUUGUAUUGAGUUGAGAAGUAUAAAGGAUUAUUUAUUUGAAGCAGUGGAGGGUGGCAACAUAGGUGUAGAAUCAGGUCCUUCCCUUUCUCAACUUAAAAAUGUAUAUGUGGAUUAUCUAUAUCUUUUUUAAGUAUAAUGUUAUAAUUUAGAUUCGAAUGUA